AUGUUGUCAACUGCUUCUUCGUUCCCUGUCCGGAAUAAACUAGGCUACCGAUCCGAGCAAGAAGUCCACAAUCGUGACCGUGUAAGCUCAAUUCAUGGUAUUGCCAGUCCCAAUAUUCACGCAAGUGUUCGGGCAGCGGCUCUUGCCGCACGCCACGCUCGUCAGAUCCGCGAGAAGCGUGUGUUUGAUGCAGUCCCAGAGAAUUUAAUGUGCAGAAAUAUUGUUGAUUUGAGUGAAACAAACAUUACGAAGGCUUUUAAGGAUAAAAACACUAAGCGAAAGUUGAAAUUGCACUUGUCUCUUGAAAAAUGUGAACACCCGGCGCUGCCCUGGAUGAUGGCCCAGGAUAUCGAACCCCAAACCGACUCUAAUCCAUUAUUCAAGUCAACGCCUCUGCAACGUUUACCUUUGAACCGCUCACGACGCGCCUCGAGUAUUACGCUGAGUAUGUCUUCGCCGGAAGCUGCUGAGUUUAGCGAAGUAGCUUAUGAUGGACCUAAGGAAUUAGGUAAAUGGACCAAACGGGUCAAGAAACUUGGCAAAGUUCUUGUGUACCGGGAAGUAGAUCGCCACAUGGUCAAACGAGAACUUCACACACUUCAUGACAAUUUGUCCACUAUCGACCGGAACGAAGUCCGAAGCGACCAUUUCGAACAAUCUCGUUUCACUUCGUGCCCGUAUCUUGUCACCUUCUAUGGAGCGUUUCUCAAACCAGCACAGUGCGCUGUUGCGGUUGUUAUGGAGUUUAUGGACAUGGGUAGUCUGCAAGACCUCAUGGAUACAAGACUUUCGAUACCAGAAGAAGUUUUACGACAUGCUGCCUUUUGUUGUGUCACAGCGCUUGAUCACAUGCACAGCCAAAAAACUGUUCACCGCGAUAUCAAGCCAGCUAAUAUUUUGAUGAAUCGCCAUGGAGAAUUUAAGAUUGCUGACUUUGGGCUGACUGGCACACUGGCAAAGUCCCAUUCAUUUUUCUCUGAUUUUACUGGCACAAUGAUGUACAUGGCUCCUGAGAGGAUAUCCGGAACCCAUUACACGUUUGUCAGUGAUAUCUGGUCGCUUGGUAUCACACUAUUUUCUCUCGCAACAGGAGGUAAUCCGUUCACCGUUGACGAUGGUUUUUUCGGACUUGAAGAGGCCAUUUGUCACGACCCUCUGCAUCCAAUGCCAAAUCGUUUCUCUUCAUAUUGUCGAGAUUUUGUAAAGCGGAUGUUGAUACGUGAUCCAGAACAUCGAUUGACGUCUGAGCAAGCUCUUACUCACCCAUUUAUUAGUGGAUACGCUAACAGUCUGGCUUUUCGAAGAUUUUCUCGACUUUGGCAAAAGCUGGGUUUAACACGCACCGUUGGACCUGAUGACACUCGGGCGAUUGUAACAUUAGCAGUUGAGUACGCGUCUCGAUACCCUGACAUGACACUGCUCCCUUUUGAAGUCAUUGGAAUCCAAGGCACAGCUGCAUUAGAAAACCACUCGUUCUUUCAUCGCUUCGCGAAAUUUUUAAAGCAAGAGUCCAACAGUCUGAAUCGUAAGCCGUUUGAGCAGCUUGCAGAUGACUGUGGGGUAUCCGUCGUGGAUCUGCAGAAUAUUUUUCAAACGGCUUCAAACUCGUGA